AUGGUGAAAGGAGAAAAGUCCAAUUGCUCGAAUACCUCCAAUUCGUCUGCUACGACAAUAAAGGAGAUUUGUGAUUUGUUUAAUAAUUUACAAACUGAAAAAUGUAAAAAAAGUAUAUUAAAUAAUUUGACAAAACUUUUUGUACUAAUAUAUAACGAAAGAAUUAAAAGAAAAUUAUUAUACUCUGAAAAUGAAGUUAAUAAAGAAGAUGAUAUAAAAUUAAAACAAUUUUUUAAAAAGGAUUAUAUUAUCUUAGUAAUAAAAAAUAAGACAUAUACAAAAUAUGAAGAAUGGUUAAAUGAAUGUUUCGAUAAAUUUUUAAAUUUACUCUUUCAAUUAAUAGAGGAUAAUGAUGAAGUUUUUUUUAAAAAAGGUUUAUCCUUGUUAUUUGGAAGUUUACAAAUGGAAGCCAAAAUAUACGAAUCUAUAAUUUCAAUGUUAGAUGAUGAAUUUGACAGUCAUAAUAAAGAUGAUAUUACUGCAAAUGAUAAAGUUUCCACUAAUGAUAUUUCCAAUCAAUAUAUAAAUAAAGGUGGUUAUAUACUUUACAAAAAUAAUGAUCGAUAUAUUAACAAACAAAAUAAUAGUAUAAUGAAUUAUAAAAGUGGUCAAAAAGAGACACCAUCAAAACACGCAUUCCCUAUUAAAUUAUUUAAAAAUAUAAUUUUAAAAUUAUUAAAAGUUGGUACCAUAAAUAUAGAAAAUAUAAAAUAUAUUUGUCGAUCUUACGUAUGCUUUUAUUACGAUUUAAAUUAUUUUUUCUUGGCUGUUUUUAAGCAUUUUUAUCUUAAAUCAAUGAUGGGAAAUUCAAAAGAGGAGGAAAUGGCAAACGGAAUAGAUGGGAAAUUUAACAUGUUGGGGUCAAAAAAAGUGGAAUGUGAUGGUACCACAAACUUAUUUAUUUAUACUGUUUUAAUAAACUCAAUUAAACCCAUAAAAAAGGUACACAAUUUCCAUGUCAAAAAGUCCGAAUUUAUGAAAAAAUCAAAAAUCGAUGAUUUAUUUUUAGACUUUAAUUCUGAUGAGGAUGAUAAUUUAAGGGGAAAAAGAAAAAAUAAAUUUUUAUAUAACGAAAAAAAAAAGAAAAAAAAAAAUGAUGAUAUGAAUAAUUAUAGCGAUAAAAAUGAACUAAAAAGGAUUUUUAAUUAUGAUAGUGAUGAUAGUAUCAUAAUACAUUCGUCAUCGAAUUCUAAUGUAUCAGAUAAUGAUGAUGAAAAUAACCCAGAGGUAGAAUUUUUAAAUAAUAAUAAAUUAAUUGAAGAUUUUAAAGAUGAAAACUCUUUUGAAGAUUUUUCUGAUUAUUCCGAAGGAAAAAAUGACUUAAAAAAAAUAAAACAGAUCGAAUCAAUAGAAAAUAAAAUAAAAGAUAGAACACAUAAUUUUUUUAUAAAAAAUUUCUAUAUUGAAAAUAAAGUAUAUGGAAGACUCUAUUCAUAUAGUUGGUUUGAUUUUAUAGCACAUUUUCAUCAUAAUCAAACUAUGAUUUUACAAAUACUACAAGCCAUUCCAUUAUUUGUUUUUCCAUAUACUAAUAAUCCAUAUUAUUUCAUUGAUUAUUUUAAUUACUCUUAUUAUUCUUCUUCGAAUAUAUAUGUAUCAUUGGCGGCUCUCCCCGGUAUUUUUUAUAUAUUGACAGAGUUUAAUAUUGGUGAUAUAGUGCAAAAGGAAAGCGACGACGUGGAGUCAAGUAAACGGGUGAAAAAUAAAGAAGACACAGACACUGAAGAAAAUGAGGACGAAAAUGAGGAUGAAAAUGAGGGAGGAGAAAUGAGUUCCAAUAGGAAUGAGAGUGAUGGUACUUCUGAGGAAGAUGAUCAAGAUGAUCACGAAAAUGAUGAAGGAAGUGACAGCGAAACGAAAUUAAAUGAUAAUAUGUAUACAGAUUACUACAAGAGAUUAUAUGAACUAAUAAUACCUGCAAGUUUUUAUUAUGACGGAACAAAAUUUUUAAAAAUAAUAUAUGCAUCAAUAAAAAACAAAAUGAUACCAGUACAUUAUGUCGUAUCCUUUUUAAAAAAACUACUUCGAGUGGGAUGUUUAACAUCAUUUAAUAUUUCUAUAAAUAUAUUAAGUGUGGUAUAUGAUAUAUUAAAUUAUUUUAAAGAUGAUUUACACAAUUCUAUGUUUGUUUCUGGAUCUGUUUUUAUGAACAUGGUAAUAAAAAAUGAUUUUUUUUGUUAUGAAAAUUUAGAACAAAAUUUUGAUAAAGAUAUAAUUAUUGAAAUGAUGAAAACGAAUAGCAUGCUGCUAAAGGAUGAAAAUGAAUUUACAUCAGAGCUGACCAUUAUCAAAAAUAAAAAUAACUUUGAAAAUUUCAACGACAAAAAUAAUGCAGGAAAUGUAAAAAUUGAAAAUAGUGAAGACACACAAAUGGAGAAUGGUUUAUUUAGUAUAGGAUGUUGUUUACCAGAUAAAUAUCAGAGGAAUAUGAACACAUUAACUAAAAAAGAGUUAUACAUGGCAAAUCAUAUUUUUUAUGAAAUAAUUUUAUUGAAUAAUCAUUUAUGUGAUAAUUUAAGAUAUUAUUCAAAUGUUUAUCAUUACAAUUUCAAUGAUAGCUCUAGCAGACCUCAUGAGUUUUAUAAUGAUCCAAACAAAAUAAAUUGGCAAGAAGAAGAAUCUCUUUUUUCAUUCUUAAAAAAUUUAUUAAGUUUCAAAAAAAAAAGAGACACAGAUAUAUUACCGUGUGCUAAACAAAAAGAAUUUUCUACGAUUUUUAUAUGA